AGUUAAUGACGUAUGCCAGGACCUUAAUUAUGAAAAUCGGGCUGCAGCGGCCGUUUCCGCUCGUUCGCGUUGACGUAGUCAGUUUCCCACUGAACUCUGCUGAUUUUAGGAGUGAACACCGGGGUUGAGAUUGCUAGAGAAUGGUGGGCCUCCGCAGGGGCACGUGAGACACAAAUUCGAAUUCAGGACGGUUGAAAUCGACGCGGCUCCGCUUCAGACAGUCCAGAUGACAAACCCGCCGGCCGGCCAAAUGAACGCUUUUCCGCCGAGGCUCUGAACGACUUCUGCUGCUAUCCGGUUACAUUUUGGGGGAGGACGUGAAAGAGCCCCCGAGACGGACAUUCACACGCCAAGAGGAAGUCUCGAAAGACCGCAGGCUCUUAAAGAGGCCUCGCAGCACUUACCAGACACACAGGAAAAGCACCGAAAAACCGCUGCUUUUGUCGCGUUUCUGUGGAUUAUUAUCGAGGGUGGCGUUUUUCAAACUGAGGGUAGUAACCAUUUAUGAACGGUAUACAAGAUGGGGAAGAUGCUGUCAAAGAUAUUUGGUAACAAAGAGAUGAGAAUAUUGAUGCUCGGACUGGAUGCUGCAGGAAAAACCACCAUCCUUUAUAAGUUGAAACUUGGCCAGUCUGUGACCACCAUCCCGACCGUCGGUUUCAACGUGGAGACGGUCACCUACAAAAACGUCAAGUUCAACGUGUGGGACGUGGGUGGACAAGAUAAGAUCCGUCCCCUCUGGCGACACUACUACACGGGAACGCAAGGGUUAAUUUUUGUGGUGGAUUGUGCUGAUAGAGAUCGCAUCGACGAAGCCAGGCAAGAACUCCACCGCAUCAUCAAUGACCGUGAGAUGAGGGACGCCAUCAUUUUGAUUUUUGCCAACAAGCAAGACCUGCCGGACGCCAUGAAGCCACACGAGAUCCAGGAGAAGCUGGGACUGACUCGCAUCCGGGACAGGAAUUGGUACGUGCAGCCGUCGUGCGCAACCACCGGUGAUGGACUGUACGAAGGCUUAACUUGGUUAACAUCAAACUACAAGUCUUAAUGACACUCGCACUGACUGUUUAGGACAAAUGAACUCAAUAUGGGGAAAAUCACACUCUCCAACGAAUAUUAGUGUGGUUUUGAUUUAGAGUUAACAUUUAUUUUUGGUUCGUUUUCAAACGGACCUCUUUGAAACAACGUAAUGGGUUUGGCUUGCUUUUAGUUUCCUGACUACUGUGACGUACGUGUCACACACCAUGGACUAUUGCUUAACAUGAUAAAGCAUUCCUGAAUGAAGAUUUUUUUUUUUGUUUGUUUGUUUUUUUGAUUGUUGGUUUUCUAUAUUUGAUUUAUCUUCUUCAGCUUCUUUCUUUGAGAUUUUAGAGACAAAAAAAAAAUGUAGUUUGUCUCCUGCAAACAGUCCAAUAGUGUGUUAAAGGCAUUUUAUACCAAGAUGUAUCGAAACUGUCCAGGCAUCCACUGUAGCAAAGCACAGUAUUGCUGAGGAGGUUGUAGCAUACUAAUUGUAGGUAGCUAUGUGGUGUAACAGGUUUUGAACUGUGCCAUAGUUAUGAUAUCACUGACAUCCAAUGAUAAUCAACAUGUAAAUGAGUCCAUGGAACAUUUUAUGCAAAAGUCUAAUCGUGGAAGGCGGGCUUACCACAGACAUAACUUAUAUUCACAAAGCAUAAUCGAACUGAGUGAUGUCUUGUGCUCUCAAAAGCAUGAAAAACCACAGAAGGGUUUUUGUCUGCAUUGCAAUGUAGCCCAAAAUGAGUUAAACGUUAAAGAGACUUCAUUUUGAAACAUUGAUGGAUGCCUUUUGUAGCCUUUUUACCAUUUAGGCUAACUACAUUGACCAGUUUGUCUUUGACUUACACUCAUGUGUCUCUAAAAUGUGAGAUUGUUACAUUCUUGCAUUUCAAGUGUAGUGCUUGCGGUGGACUGAAUUAGUCAUUUUGGAGAGAAAUGUUUCAUUCUAUUCAUUUCAUCUCUUUGCUUUAAUCAUUUUGAGAAACAUGUAUAGAAACAGCUAUGUAAUUGUAACUUCAAAUUAAACUUAGUCAUUUUAA